AUGACCACCCUGCCUGAAGCCAAUGCUAAAUUUGCUGUUGACUUUUUCCACCGUGUGGCCCAAGAUCUCACAGAUAACAAUGUCCUGCUGUCCCCUGUGAACCUCAUCUCGGCUCUAGGCCUGAGUGCUUAUGCAUCUGGAAAUGAACAGGCAGCUGAGGUCGAGAAGGAUGUUCCUUGCUAUGAGUGUGAGAAGCCUGAAGGAAUCCAUACGGCAUUCAGCAAAAUCCUUGCAACUCUUAAUGAGCCCAGCACCAACUAUACCCUGAGCUUUGCCAACAAGCUCUAUGGAAACAAGGACAUUGCCUUCAUCCAGAAAUUCAUAUUCUGUGCUCUGAAACUGUACCUGACUGAAGUGGAUGGAGUUGAUUUGCACAAUGCCCCCGAGGAAGUGAGGAGACUCAUCAACCUUUGGGUUGAAAUCCGCACACAUGGUAAAAUCAAGGAUCUUCUCCCCAAGGACAGCUUUGAUUGCUUUGCUCAGCUCCUGUUGGUGAAUGCUCUCUACUUCAAAGGACAAUGGGAAGUGAAAUUUGACAAAGAGCUCACAGAAGAAGCCCUGUUUUACCCAUAUCAUGCAGAUGAGAAGGAUUCUCACACAGUGCAGCUGAUGCACAGGAAGGGUGUCUACAAUGCCGGGACAAUUGACCUAUGCGAUGUUCAAGUCCAGGUUCUUGAGAUUCCCUACAAGAACCAUGAACUGAGCUUGUUUGUAUUGCUCCCAGUAGACUGCAGUGCAGAGGCUCUUCAACAGCUGGAAGCUGGACUAAGCCAUGAGCAUCUGCUUGACUUAUCCUGUGAUCUGAAGCCCGUAGAGGUGGAAGUGGCUCUUCCCAAGUUCAGCUUAGAGAAGAGAACUGAAAUCGACCUGAUUGAUCGAAAAAAGGGGGAUUUCUCUGGAGCAACCACAACAGAGAACGUGGUUCUGACCCAGUUUAUUCACAAUGCUCUAUUUGAGGUUGAUGAGGAGGGUGGUGAAGAAGCAGAGGCAGUCCAUUGCCCCAAGGAUAGGCGUCCACAUCAGGAACCUGUGGAGUUUCGGGCUAACCAUUCUUUCGUCUUCUAUGUCCUUCACAAACACACCCAAAGCAUACUUGUUCUCGGCAGAUUUGCUAAACCACAAUAA